CUGUCACUCUCACUAGUGUCAUGUCAUGUGUGUAAGUGUGUUGAUUACAAAACUCGUCUUAAUUAAUUUAAUAUUUAACUAAUUUUCUAACCCAAGCAAGAAAAAAAGCAAGUGUUAUUGUAUGAUGUAGCUAUAUAAUAUAAAUACAUACUGCACCAAUUAUUUAAAUAAGCAAAAACAUUAAAGUGUGUGUAAUAAAACCGUAGUGCGUAACUAGAUUUUUUCUUUUCAUAACUAAUACCUACCUUCAAACUUGUUUGUUUCCUUAUUUAUUACGAUCAAACUAAUAUUCAAAGCUGUACUUUAAUCAGGGUAAAAAGUUAUGUGGAGUUGAACUGCAAUUUUUGUAUAUUUCUCAUUCUGCACUACCAUGAAGAAAGUAGUAUUAUUCAAGAGUGAGUCGGAAGAUUAUGUGAAAGCUUUUCUUGAAUGUAACUACAGAACUGUGUUCGUGGAGCCGCUGCAGUUUGAGUUCACUAAUAAACAAGAAUUGACUGAAAGGCUGCUUCAAGAUUACACAGGAAUUAUAUUCACAAGUCCACGAGCUAUUGAAGCUGUCUCGAAAUGCUGGGACCCAACACGGUUUGUGAUAUGGAACACCAAAAAGGUUUACACUGUAGGUGAUAGUAGCUGUCACAAGAUUAAGUUGCUGCUUGGAUUAGAAGCCUCAGGCAUGUCUUCAGGAAAUGCUGAAAAUCUAGCUAAACAGAUUGUUCAAGAAAAUGCUGCAAGCUCCAGAUUUUUAUUUCCAUGUGGCAACCUGAGAUCAGAGGUUUUGCCAACUAUUUUACAGUCGUCUAGCAUCACAGUAGAUGCACUGACAGUUUAUGAAACUACAGAAAACAAAAAUCUUAAAGCAGAUCUGAUAGAACUUAAUGAGGCAGACAGUCCAUGCUGCAUGGUGUUCUUUAGCCCGUCAGGCUGUGAGUACAUACACCGCCAGCUGCAGACCUUCAGCAAUGCUCUGGCUGAGUUGCCACACUUUGCUAUUGGCAACUCAACUGCAUAUAAAAUUGAGAAUCUUGGGGUUGAGGUAGCUGGGAUUGCAGCCAAGCCAAGGGCAGACAGUGUGGUAGAGUCUAUACAAAACUAUUUUGCAAAUUCACCAAGUAGCUGAUAAAUAUGUUUCAGGCAAAAUGUUAUCAGAAUCCGAAGCAUAAAGAUCCAUAAACAUGUAAUGGCUAAUUAAUGUAUUAAUUACUAAUAAUAUGUAUAUUAGUUGGUAAUAUGUUUCUAACAUUUGGCUUACAGGGCAGAAUUUCACUUUCAUAGUCAACAAAAUUUUUGUAGUUAUUUGGUACCUUGAAUUUUAAAUUUUAUAUAUUUUAUAUUUCUCUCCAUGUUCCUAGUACACACAUUCAUAAAAUGUGACUACAGAGUAUGAUAGUAAUCAGAUAAAAAAUGUCAGUCAUAUCUAGAAAACUUUUGAAGUAAUUUUAUACUUGUAACUGCUGUUUUCUAGCAGUUAAAAAAAUAUAUUAAAAUUGAAAGAUAAUGUUAUGAUACAUACAUAUUAAACUAACCAUCUUAGUCUUUGUAUAUUAUGAAUUAAUCUGGAUGAUAAAGCUAUAUCAGCACUUUUUUAUUCUUUCUGAAACUGAAGCCUAUCUAAUAGAUUUUUCUUUAUCCCUGAAAACGACUACUUACAAAAUUUCAUCAAAAUCUUUCGGACCGUUUUCUAUAUAAACUAGAAUGAAUAUAUUAUUGUAUAACUCACUAAUAAAAUGUCUGUUUAAAGGAUAGUCCUUUUUUUUCUUACUAAUGUGUAAUCAUGGUAGGGUUUUUUUAAACAAUAUGUUUGUUAAUAGUUAGACUGGUAUAAGAGAUAUUUUCCAGAUCUGUACCUGUAUAAGUUUUACAAAAAGUAGGUACACGAGUCGGCAAAUUGGAAUGGAUUCCCGCCAUUCUGAUGACAACCUACUUUGAUUGUAGUACUUUUAUUAAGUCUACUGUUUAAUAGGUUAAGUCUCGAUGUAUAUAAAAUUGUUUUACAGAAAUGGUGUUGGAUGAUGUACAUUAUAUUACUGUUGAUAUAAAAAAUUUAUUUCAUUUUAAACCCAUUUCACAC